CUGCUUGCAACUCCAGGCGCCGUGCCGUAAGGACACAUGCCGAUAAGUUACGAUCGCUGUUUGACGCGCACUGGAAGUAUACGCAUCAUGGACACAGAAUGCAUAAUGAACAAACCUACCGCGAAACUCUCCAAGUAUCCAACGUACAAGUCAGCACCCGACGUGAUCGCGGCGUUUAGGCAGCACAAUCGAUCCGAAAUCACGGUCCGACCAGUGCAGCUGACGUCGCCACACAUCAACGUCCAGCGGUUGACCAACGACAAUCGGGUGACGACGACUCCAUCUCCAUGCUCCACUCACGUGGAAGAAAUGUCCGGCGAGCAUGUUGCCGUUCAAGACGACUGGCACGACGUGGUCGAUGUCCACGUAGAAGCCUCGACGACGACCGCGCCAGGCUUGCUCACCCGCGAAAUGCUGCAGACCAGUCUGACGUUGCUCUUUCCAGCGUUGGACGCAGAAGUCGUUGCAUCGAUCCAUGCGCUGCUGCUGCACCCAGACCAUGGCUUUGGCACGUAUGACUUCGACGUGCUGGCGUUGCGCGCCUUCCUGCCGUCGUCGUCGCUGGUACUUGUCAGUCACGCGAUCUUUUCCGUGAUGUCGUUCGAUGGCGUCGAUAUGCCCGUGUUGCUGUCGUGGGUCGGCGCCGUCGAGGCCGUGUACGACCCCGCGAUUCCGUACCACAACGCCGACCACGCGGCAGACGUGGUCCAUUCUCUCUUUUGCGCGCUCAUGCACACCCCGUUGCGUUCGAUCUUGUCGGUCCCGAUGCAAAUCGCGGGACUCCUCGCCGCGAUCACCCACGACGCUGCCCAUUUCGGCCGCACGAACCUCUUUCUCAAGAAAUCCCACCACGCGCUGGCGACGACGUACCCCGUGUGCUGCCCUUUAGAAGAAAUGCACGCGGCGGUGGGUCUCAACUUGCUCUCAGAGCACAACGUCCUGGCCCACUUGCCCACGUCGACGCAGACGGAACUCCGGCACGUCAUGCACAGCGCCAUCUUCACGACGUCGCUGUGCGAGCAGAAGAAUCUGCUGGCGUCACUACGGGCCGUCAACACGAGCUCGUCGAAUUUCGACCUCGUGGUGCUCCAGGCCGCCCUGCACGCCGCGGACUUGGGCCAAACGACCAAACCGUUUGCCGUGCAUCGAGUGUGGGUGGAUCGGCUAGGCGAGGAACUGUUUCGGCAGGGGGACGCGGAAAAGGUGCUCGGGUGGCCGGAGCCGUCGGCCAUGUGCGACCGAUUGGCGGGGUUUUCCGUGGGCGGGCAGCUGUUUUUUAUGCAAAACCUCGUCUUGCCAGUGUAUACGGCGCUCAACCAGAGGUUGGACGGGGGUUUGGAGCAAGUGUUGCGCCAGAUUGCCGCCAACAUUGACCAGUGGACGCAGCAGCUGCUGGCCUCACCUUCAUAACUUAUUGAUACAAUCUUUUCACACA